AUGGCGACGGAAGUUGAAGGGGACCAAGUUUCUUAUCAAGCAAGGCUUGAUAGGUCGCCUGAACCAAGGGCUUUUCAACAUUUAGGUGAUGAAGACCGAAGAAUGAUAUAUAAUCUACGGACUGUAGUUUCAGGGACCCGGGAUAAGUUCUCAAAGUUGCGUGAUGCAGUCGAAAACAAAGAGAAAGAGCUUGAAAAGGAAGCGGCCCUGAGGAAAGAGCUUGAAGACCGCCUCCAGGAACACCUCGUUAAUAUGUACAAUGAUGACAGCGUGAAUGAAGAAUUACGCCAACGAUUACCGCGGGCCAACAAAGAUCCAGAUAUCACCCUGAAUGGUGAAAGACCAGAAAGGAGCGCUCUUGACGAUAUCGAAGAUGAGAUAACUGCUUCUAAUAUGCAACAAAAUGAAUCUGGUUUUGGAAGAUGGGGUGAAGAUGAAAUAGACUACAAUUCUCCAGGACGCAAGGGACGAAACACAAGUCCAAAACGAGGCCGACGACCACAGGAAUACUACUCAGACGAGGAAUACGAAACAAGACACAACCGGUCUUCAAGACGUUAUCGAGAUUACCCACCCCCAGGUAGUUACCAAGGAUACUACCCUCCACCCCCGCCACAACCGUACAUGCCCAUGUACCAAUACCCGGCGCCGGGCGUGCCUGGCCAAAUGCAGCAGCCGUACAUGAUGCACCCUGGCAUCACACCACAGCAGCAGAGUCAAUCUCAAAUGCCGCUGCACUCAACUCCAGGUGGUCUAAUGCCAUCUGGUAUGGACGCCAGUAAUCAAAAUACAUCCGGCCAAGACCGCCACACACCAGGUCAACAUCAGUCACAAGCACAAAGCCAAACCAAAUUAGGUUCUGCUGGAAAUCAGAAUUCAUCGCAAAAAUAUGGUCUUCUUCAACUGGGUGCUGCAGGCAGCACACAAGGUCUUGAUGGAGCUGGUGCAUCUGAGGGAAGCGUUACUGGUGCUGAUAAGUCUAAUGGCACUGGUGCUAGUGGCAGGUCAGUGGGCCUCGUACAGAUCACUGGGGUGGACCCACAUCGGCAGAUCACACUUCUUCUGGCUGAGCUGGAUCGACUGAAGGAGAAGAACAAAAAGCUGAAUGAAGAGAUUAUAGACCUGACAAGACAGCUAGCAUCUCUAUCUGCGUCUGCUGAGACACGGGAUAAAGAAGUCGAAGCUCAAGUUGCUGCUAAGGUUGCAGAUGUCUACACAAGAAGUGUGCGAGUGGAUGUGAUUGAUGAGAUCUACCAAGCCCAGAAGCAGCGGGAUGCUGCGAUGAUGCAGAGACUGAGGCUAGCCAAUGAGGAGAGGGACGAGGCUGUCAUGAGGUUCAAGAAGAUGCAAGCUGAUGGGGAACUGGACCCCUCUGAUUAUGACAACCUCAUUUCUCUGCUUGAUGCAGAGGCAAAAGUUGAAGGGGUCCUGAAAGCAUUGAAAGACAACGGUCUCCAAAAAAUCCCUGAGAGGCUUGUGCCUGAGCAUGCUGCCAGGUCUUACAGUUCGCCGCUCUCACCGUUACCUGAACAGGGAGAGUGGUGUCCCUCUGAUCGGCAUGGCCAGUCUUCCCCUGUGCAGAGGGAAUGGUCAGCUCCUGUGCAAGCACCAGCUCGCAUGGCAGACGACAUUGAAGAUAUUGAGGACAUCUAUGAUCCUGAUGAAGCGAGAAUCCGUGACAGGACGAUUGAAACUAUGCUGCAGAAAAUCAAUGGCGGCGACUCGUACAAAGAUAUCGGGAAGGAAGGUGACGACAUCUGCUCAAAGAUCAACGAUGCCAGGAAGAGAAAGAAGCGCAUUACAGCCGAGGAAAUGAAAGCCAUUUUGGAGGAGCGAGAUGCUGCAUUGGUCAAAAUGAAGAGAUAUGAACAGGAGUUGUCGCGUCUGCAGAGGCAGGGUUAUGGUAAACAAGCCCCUGACAACAAUGAACAAGCUCUCAGGGCGAAGUUGAUGGCCAUAUCACAAGAGCGAGACAUGGCUCUUACCAAGGUGCAGAGGCUAGAAGAUGAGAUGCAGACACUCAGGGUGUAUUAUAGCCUUCACAAGUCACUGUCCCAAGAAGCGAAUCUCCGAGACCAGUUCAACAAUACUCUUGAGAAUAUCACUGUCCAACUCAAAGAGCGUGACGGCAACAUCGAACUCGCCCAAAAGGAGAACAAUAUCCUGUUGGCGCAACUCAAGGCUAUUACUAUGGAGAAGAAUGAGUUGGCAGAACAACUCGACAAGAUGCAGCUCUCAAAACAGGAGGCGGACGCUACUAUUGAAAAGUUGCAGCGGCUCGUGAAUGUUCUGCGGAGAAAGAUUAACGGUUCACGGGCCGAUUAGGAACUUCGUAUAUCACGAUGAGAGAAAAAUCAAAGGGAUGGCUUCGGUCGGCCAGGAGAACUCUUCAUAACCAGCCAGAGGUCCCUGUGUUGUGUGAGGAUAUUCCUCUGUAUAAGUGUGAUGAUUCAUUAGAAUAUUGGCCAGUUGAUAAGCCUGUGAUGAUAUCUUACUUUUGUUUAAGGUGAACAGUUCAAACGUUACAAUUAUGAUAUUGUACACAGGUUAUUGGUUUUUUAAACUUUGAUGAUGGUUGUGCCAAAAUGAUUUGAUGAAAAAGUGUAUUGAGUAAAAUCAUAGAUGAUGAUUCCUUUCCAACUGAACCAGAGCUAGGAUCCUGUGUCAGCAAGAACUAACUUUAAUGGUUGUAAACUUUCAUUCCGAUCUGUUGCAGCCUCCCUUCUGCUGUUGACUGUGGUUUGCAUCAGAUUAUUAGAAUCCGUUGGAUAUUCUGUACAUCAAAUAUACUACAUUAUGCAUGAAAUGUACACCAUUCGUGAAAUUAACAUAGCCAUUUAUGCCGAACCAUAUCAUUUAUAAGAUAGACUGAUGUAUUUUUGCUCUUUUGAUACUCAUGUGUUUUAUGGCUGCAUUCCACGAAGUGGUAUUGACUUAGCUGAUGAAGGCUUGGUCUAGUUGUAUCUUCCAUCACACCAGAACCAAGUUUGUGAUACAUUAUAGUGUCUGACAGCGCGGCCAAGUCUUAUCAAACAUGUCAAAGGUGUAGGUUUUCAAACUUCUUUUUUGGGUGAAAGCAUUUGCAUAACAACCUAACUUUGAAACCCAUAGGGUUCAAGUCUGUUGUCUAAAAAAGGGUUAAACGUUUAUGUCAGUGAAAUCACGUUGUGUCUUCCCGGGCAAAUUCUCCCAAUAAUUCGCCAUCAUCAAGUGGAUCAGGUCCCUCUGGUCAGGUGCUUGUCUGCCAAGGCAAUCAGGGAAGAUGUUGACAGAGAUCUCUUCAGGUUUGUCUCAUUGCUGGAUCAUCCCCCACCAGGGCCACGGUCACACUGAUUACAUGUGUCUCACCCAUUCGAUCCGUUCAAAUGUUGAUCAGAUGAUGUCCACUUCCCUGUCCACUUAGACUGAUGCAAUUUAAUAUGCAUGAACUCUGGGUGCGGUUCCGGCCAGUGUCAACACAUAUGUGGCGUAGCGGUCAAUCAGACACAGAUCCUCAGAAAACCCAAGCCCUUCAUGGUGUUGACGGUCACCGAGAGAACUUACCAUAUGGUUCUUACCUCAUGAGUGCUAUGAUCAACCACUGUAACCAAAGUGACAAGAUCAGAAACAUCUUGAAUUUGUACCACAUGAUUAUCCAUCCAUUUUGCUUUUCUGACGGUCCUACUUCGCAUAAUCAUUUCCAGCUAACUUUGACCCAUACUGGUGCAUAUCAUAUUUAGCAGUAUGUCUUGGUUUAGGUUAUACUCAUGUUCAUUCCACUUACGCAAUAUUUAUACUUUUAUAGGUGGUGACAUUAUUUCUGUACAUAUCAACUGUUGUGUAUCAUUCCAUUUUAUAAUCUCUCCAUCCAUAAUAUUCACACUAUGCAAUAUGUCCAAAUACUGUAACUGUUGAAGGAGUAGCUAUCAGAAGAUAUGUUGGGUUGAUACUUUCAGUUAUGUUAGGGUGGGUUUUUGGUCUGUAAACCUUUCUUUCUGUCAGAAUGGUAGUUUUAGUUCAAAUAGUCAAUAUGGGUAUAUUCAAAUGGGUAAAUAAACCUUACAAAUUGUAGAUUUGUAUUUUGCCAAAAGUCAAGAUUGAUGCCUUAUCUAUGUUGUUUAAAUUAGGUUUUGAAGUUCUAAAGUAAUGCAUAAUAUUUCUCUUCAACUCCGUCCUUUCUGCGUUAUUAUUUGGCAAUCUAUUACCUGUUGUUAAUAUGGGGAAGAAAACUAUGAUAACUUUGAUGAGUAUUAUUAUACCUUUAGAGGAGAUCAUUAUGCUUCAGCUGAUCAUUGUGAAAUGAUGAUGUCAUAAACUCUAUCAUGCUGCUUUACUUGGGGUGUUUAGAAAAUUGAAACUAUUUUCAUGACUUACACUUUGAAGCAUCUUUGUCGAUUUCUAUAAUAUCUAGUCUAGAUUUCUAACAAUUAUAUAUAUUCCUAUAGCUGUGAUCUGUCGAAGGGAUGUUCUGGUGGUCAAAAACGAAUAUUUUAGAAUAUCAGCCCUUUUUUGGACAUCGAAUUCAAUGUAGAAAUGCAGAGUGGAGAGAUUUACAUUCUAAAAUACCUUGGUACCGUAAAGUCAACUUUUAAAUGGAAAAUGCAUAAGCCUCGUUCUGAGAGUGGAGUGUUUUGGACACGCAACCAAGAUGCUCUACCAAAGUUCCCUCGGGUUGCACUAAAAUGUGGAACCAUGCACACAGCUCACUUCAGAAGUUUGAGGCUCUCAAAACACUGCUUCAAACACAAAUCAGCCAAGGAAGCAUCAACCACCCUAAGUUUUUUAAUGAGCACUACACAUAUUUGCUGAGAAAAACGCUCCAAAUAGCCCAUUUGCGCGGAUUUUAGCGUCACUUGAGCGAGCCGAUCCGGACUUCCUAUACGGGCUGCCGUAACAUAAUGUAAACAACGGCGCUACCGGCGCUCCGGGCAGGCGAUGGAUGGAAUUUGCCAAAUUCGCACAUAUUCAAGUUAUUUCGUGGCCUAUCUUUUUAAGUUUGAGGUAUUUUAGAAUAGAAAUUGAACCCUCGGCUUCGGACCUUGGUUGAGUUACCAAGACACUCUCGGGUGGAGCUAAAAUUUCGUCCAAACCCUCGCCUGUCGGCUCGGGUUUGGACUGUAUUUUAGCUCCACCCUCGAGUGUCUUGGUAACUCAACCAAGGUCCUCCGCCUCGGGUUCAAUUCCUUAAUUGAAAAUUAGCUUGAUUUGCAUAAACAUUGACAAAUACUCAAAAAUAUGAUUACACUACUAGGUAUUUGAUGGUCUUGCCAGAAAUGUGCUGUAGGUCAUAUAAAUUUUACCAGAAUGUUCCAAACUCUCAUGACUCUCUCCCUAAAGUUCUAAUGCCUGACUUUCAUUAUUUAUCAAGGGUUAUGGUUUAACGACACUUAUGUAUUUAUUUGUGUAUUUAUUAAUAAUAUAUAGCUACUAUAAACAUCCUUUUUAUUGUCAAGAUAAAAGUGCUGCUGCAUACAGUGACUUGCUUAGAUUUUGAUAAAAAUCAUCGUGAUAUCUAUUAUCUGUAUCCUAUCUGCUUCCUGGAAGAAGAACCAGUUUCGUGUUGUGGUGUCUGUCACACAUGCUUUGAACAGUCAUUGAGAGUUUUAAAGCUGAUCUGAGAUGCAAUUGCUUCCUGUUUUGGAGUGAUUUUCCUUGUCCUGUUUUUCGGUAUAGUGUAAAGGCAUCUUUAAAUGAUGUCUCUUCCUCUCCUUGUAAAAGACAUUUAUACGUAUGAUAAUAAUAUGCUAAAUGACCUAAUUUCAUAAAUUAAUAAAAAUCCAUUUUUGAU